AUGGCUUCUAGCCUGGACAGAGAGAAGCAGGAGGCGACGUUCAUCGAGAACGCCCAUGGUUCCCACACCGAUCCUUCGCUGAAUCUAGAGAAAGAGCGUACCCUAGAAGGCAUUGACGUCACAAACCGAUAUGCCAUCAAGGGCGACGACUCUGACGGGAAAGUGAUUUGGAGCGCGCGGAGCAUCUUCGCAGCUAUCUUCCUUGCGGGUCUAUACACGGGCUCCCAGAUCAUCCUCUACUUUACUGGCGGGUCCCUCAGCUUCAUCGAAGAUGACCUUGACCUAGCAAGAGGAUCUGCAUGGUUGCCUACCGCGAACAUUCUUGCAAUCGCGGCCGCUUGUCCGUACGCCGGCUACCUCCAGGACCUUUUUGGCAAGCGGUACAUCGCCCUCUUCGGCUCUUUCUGCAUUUGUCUCGGCUGUCUCCUCAUGGGUACCACGCACUCUUUUGGCCAAGCCCUCGCUGGUAUGGCCAUAUCAGGCGUAGGUGCAGCAAUUGGAGAAUUGACCGGUCUCGCUGGACUUGCUGAAAUCGUCCCCGUCAAGUACCGUGGCUACUCCCUCGCGCUGGUUACUGCCUUCGUCAUUCCCUUUUGUCCUUAUCUCAUGUACGUCGAGAUGUGGUCGCACCAUGAUACGAAGGUCGGCUGGCGAUGGGGUCCUUGGACUUCGCUCAUCUACAACGUCAUCAUCGGGAUCGGCCUUCUGUUCUCCUACUUCCCUCACAACCAUACCCGUGUCGAGGGGUUCUCCCGCCGGGCAAUCCUGAAGAGGAUCGACUACGUCGGCGGUGUCUUGUCCAUCACAGGAUUAACCCUAUUCCUCGUUGCUCUGCAGGCCGGUGGUUACACUCAUCCGUGGAAGAGCGCCUACGUUAUGUGUACGCUUCUCAUCGGUCUUGCCCUUGUUGCAGCAUGGGUAGUCUAUGAGUGGAAGUUCGCUCGCCACCCCAUGGUCCCUGGUGAACUGUUCAAAGGACAGCGCAUCGUCGGCCUAGCAUACGUCGUAGCCUUCGCCGCCGGCAUGAACUUCUUCAGCAUCCUCAACUUCUUUCCAGUUACAUUCUCUUCCGUCUACGCACCGGACCCUGUUCAAGUCGGCCUGAAGGGUAUCCCGCCUGCAUUUACAACCACAAUCGGCGCUAUCGGAUUCAAUGCCGCACUUUCCACAUUCCCAGGCCACAGUCGCGAGAUUUUGCUCGUCGCUGUACUGUUCAUGACAGCCUUUGCGGGCUCACUCGCAUGUAGCACGCCCGAUAACCCGAAACUCACUGUUGCGCUCGGUUCGCUGGCUUCCUUCGGUGUGGGCGGCGUCCUCGUUCCUGCAGCGACUAUAGCAAUGAUAGUUUGCCCAGAUCAAGUCAUCACCACAGCGGCUGCCCUUUCGCUCUCCAUCCGCACGGUCGGCGGUUCCAUUGGGUACUCAAUCUACUACAACAUCUUCGCAACAAAGCUCACUCAAAAGCUUCCUAUCUACGUCGCCGAAUAUGCUCUCAAAGCCGGCCUGCCUGUUCCAUCCCUUGAAGCUUUUGUGGGCACAUUCUUGACGGCACCGAAAGGCCUCGCGGAGAUUCCGGGCGUAACGCCAGCGGUGAUUGCGAGCGCAACGAAGGGAACACAGUGGGCGUAUAGCCAGAGCUUGAAGUAUGUGUGGUUCACGAGUAUUGCGUUUGGGAGUAUUGCGAUUGUUUGCACGUUGCUUCUGCCAAGCACGAAGAAGUAUCAGACGAAUCGUGUAGCAGUACAGAUCUAA